CGACGCCAGCCGUCCGCAAGUCUCCACUAACUUUCCCCCGAGAGUACAGUAUCCGAUCGAUCCAAUGGCCUUCUCGUCGGUGCUCCAGGUCGCGGCCGUGCUGGCCCUCAGCGCCUCCUCUAGCGCCAUGGCCGCCGACGACAGCGGCAGCCUCACGAUGGCCGUGGGCACGAACGGCACGACGGUGCAAGCCGAGAGCGGCACGACCGAGUUCGAGGGCACGGAGUACAACCCGGCCAAGUGCGUGCUGCAGUUCCUGAGCCUCGAGUGCGACGACAACUGCGCCGAGCUCAACGGCUACGAGCUCGAGUGCGUGUCCAAGGGCAAGCAGAACGGCAAGGAGAAGAAGAUGUGCGAGUGCAAGGCCAACGACGUCGAGAGCUGCCAGAACUCGGCCAACCCGAACGCCACGUCGGGCUCCGUGCCGCAGUUCGGCGAGUGCAGCGACCAGCUGCAGUGCGUCGACUCGUACGGCUACAUCGCCACGUCCACGGAGGAGGGCCCCAUCUGCGCCGAGAAGCUCCACUGCGUGCAGGAGAUCAACACGACGGCCACGGAGCCCGCCUCCAUCUGCCACACGUGCAUGUCGUGCAUCGCCCAGAACGACGCGGCCGACAAGCAGCUCGCGGGCGUCAAGCGCUUCAACUGCUCGGCCAUCUGCCCCCAGGAGAUCCUCGACACGGUGGCCGAGCGCAACGCCGCGGGCGUGGGCAUCGCCGACUCGUACUCGCUCACGGCCUCGUCCGCCGGCUCGGACGACUCCAACUCGACCUCGACGUCAUCGACCAGCGGCAGCAGCAGCAGCAGCGCCGCGGGCUCCAGCGCCGCCUCGGCCGUGCCCCAGGCCAACCUCGCCGCCAUUGUGUCGGCCAUCAUCGCCGUGGCUCUCGUCGGCGCCAUGAACUAAGCCUAGAGGAUGAAGAGAGAGUAAGAGAGAGAGAGAGAAAAGUUACCGGCUAAGCAGCGACCGGUAUUAUGUUAUCAAAGAGCUAAGCUUUCGUUACCCUG